GACGAAUCUACCCUUCGCAACCUCGUCGUCUUCCCGUAGCUUUGGCUUCUCACUCCACAGAAUAAGCUUCAAUGGCGACAGCUGCUCUCGCUUGCAGCAACUUGACAAGCCCGAAACUUCGACCUGUGACUUCUAAGAGGCCGCAGAAAAUUAUCACUCGUGUUAGCUGGUAUUACGAGCAGUUGGCCUUUUCUUCUUCGCAGACCAGGAAGAUUAGUGGAAAUUUUAAUUCCAACAUUGGGAAUAGUGCUGACAACCCGAAAUUUAGAGGUUAUGGCAAUGAUAAAAUAUACAGGAGGUUUGAUUCAUGUUUGGUUAUACCUCCGGCUAGAGGAAAGAAACCGAAGGCUUUGAUCAAAUUUUUAGGCGGUGCUUUCAUUGGAGCCGUGCCCGAAGUUACUUACAGUUAUCUUCUUGGGCUGUUGGCAAACGAAGGGUAUUUGAUUAUAUCCGUUCCGUACAAUGUGACUUUUGACCAUGAACGAGUUGCUCGAGAGAUUUACCAGCGAUUUCAUACUUGUUUGGAUUCGAUUUUGGCGACUGGAUUGCCUGAGAAUGGAAUUUCAGCUGCUGAUAUUGCUAAUCUACCAUUUUAUUGCAUUGGACACAGCAAUGGAGCACUUCUGCAAGUGCUUGUAGGAAGUUAUUUCAGUGAGAAGAUUCCGAAGGCCAAUGCAAUCAUAUCAUACAACAAUAAGCCUGCUUCGGAGGCCGUUCCAUACUUUGAACAGUUGGGUCCUGUGGUCAGUCAACUGAUGCCGAUGAUUGAGACAUCUCCCAUGUAUUCGAUGGCUCAGAGCAUCUCAGGAGAUGGAUGGAAGACUCUCAUAGGCAUGGCUGAACGAGUUCUGCCAGACUAUGAUGCCGAUGCUACGGUGUCUCUGACCAAUUUUGUAGAUCAGUUGCCCUCAGUAUUUGGUCAGGUUGCACAAGGGAUUUCAGAAUUCAGACCCACACCGGCAGAGAAUCUUGAUUGCUUCAAGAAGCUAUAUAACAUCAAGAACACGUUAUUAGUGAAGUUUGAUUUCGACACCAUUGAUGAGACAGAUCUCCUUGAAGAGACACUAAAGCCUCGCGUCGAAUCUUUUGGUGGAAAACUAGAGAAAGUGGUUUUACGCGGUAACCAUAUAACACCAUGUAUACAGGAACCUAGAUGGGACGUAGGGCAAGUGUACACUCCGGCAGAUGCUAUUGCUCAAGGAUUAAAAGCCAUUUCAGUAAAUGACACUAGACUCUUAUCCAGAACCAUCAGCAACUGGUUAGACGGCCUCACAUCAUAAAAGAAGGAUCCGGUUUGCCUUCAAGUACAUCCCUUUCGAUUUAAGUAAUUUCUUUUAUAUAUGAACUGUUAUUUGAUAGGUAACAGGUGUUCAUCUAUAUUAUUGCCUUUGUACCCGUGCGCACUCAAAAUGAAUUUGACUGCUGCCAUGUUUGUUUAUUGCUUUAUGAUCUCCCCUGCAUUAUAUGGAUCGAUUUUGCUCUUUGUGAUCAAGGUCCAAAAUUCGAACGAUGCAAUUAGUAUUCAUGUAUAAAAGAAUAUUCUUGUUAUUUUA